AUGACUGUUUUUAGGAUUGGUGUAAUCCUCGGCUCUACCAGAAGUACAAGGCUCAGCCCAAGAAUAGCUCAGUAUGUAAUCGAUAGAGUCAGAUCCAGUGAGUGGGAUAUUUCCUUUACUCUGUCCCUAAUUGACCUGAAAGAGUGGGAUCUUCCCCUCAUGGACGAGCCUAAAGUCCCUGCCUUGGUAACCAAGACUGAGGACUAUGAAAGCGAAGUAGCGAGAAAAUGGAGCAGAGAAAUUUCUAGUUAUGAUGGCUUCAUUUUUGUCACUCCUCAAUAUAACUGGGGCUAUCCUGCCUGCCUGAAAAACGCGAUUGAUUAUCUCUUCAAUGAGUGGAAAGGAAAGCCUGCUAUGUUGGUUAGCUAUGGUGGCCACGGUGGUCACAAGUGUUACAACCAGCUAAGGCAGGUUCUGGAAGGAUUGGAUAUGGAGGUGACUGAAAGAGGCGUACUAGUCCCUUAUCCAACCAAGAAGGAGGUCAUGUAUGGAAUCCCCGCUGAUUUUCAUUUUGAUCAGCUUCCGGAGAUCCGUGAGACUAUAGAAACGGCUUUCGAAAAUCUUUUAAAUUUACUCAAGAAGAAUUAA